AUUCAAAAAUUGAAGGGAGAAGUCUAUCAAAGCUUCAUCAAAAAAGCGAAAAAAAGUAUUUUCUUUGUCUAGACAGGAUUGUGAUUUAAAUACAAGAAAAAGCAAAGAUGUCCAUUGUACCACUGCUUCACUUGGCCCGGGAGUUGGAUCACGACUACCGCAGCGACUGGGAGCACUUGCUGGAGGAUGACUUUGGGUUCGGAGUCCAUGCCCACGAUCUGUUCCAUCCCCGUCGUCUGAUGUUGGCCCCCAGUGUCUUGGGUCGUCGCCGCUUCUCGCCCUACGAGCGGAGUCAUGGCCAUCAUCAUCACCAGUUGGUGCCACGUCGUUCGGCGGCCGGUGGUCCCAAUUCCCUGCUGCCCGCCGUGGGCAAAGAUGGCUUCCAGGUGUGCAUGGAUGUGUCGCAAUUCAAGCCCAAUGAGCUGACGGUCAAGGUGGUGGACAAGACGGUGGUGGUGGAGGGCAAGCACGAGGAGCGCGAGGAUGGGCACGGCAUGAUCCAGCGCCACUUUGUGCGCAAGUAUACGCUGCCCAAGGAUUUUGACCCCAACGAUGUGGUGUCCACCGUCUCCUCCGACGGGGUGUUGACCCUCAAGGCCCCACCGCCGCCCAGCAAGGAGCAGGCCAAGCCGGAGCGUAUUGUCCAGAUCCAGCAGACGGGACCCGCCCACCUGAGCGUUAAGGCGCCCGAAACUUCAGAGGGAAAAGCCGAAAAUGGCGGCGGCGAGAAAAUGGAGACUGGCAAGUAAGCCAAGCGAAGAAAAAGCAGAAGAAGCAACCAAGAUUCGCUGGCGAAGAAUAGGAAGAAGAAUUUAACGAAGAAAAAGGAAGAGAGUGUUGCAGCUCUGCUCGGAGAGUGCAAGACUAAAAAGGGGAUACUACCCAAAACACACCCAUUGUAUUACUCUCUCUUAUAAAAAAACCCCCCACACACACACAUCAACACAUCUUAGACCUAAGCGAUUUUAAAAUCCACUUAUCAUUACAAAAAAAACCACAUUUUAGUCUGUAUGAUUAGGCUAAAAACUGGAGAAUUCAAUGCUCCCUUUGAGUUUAUACUUUUUGUAAUAAGAACAGGCGCAACACUCGGGAGUACUUUGCAUUUCUUUUGUGAAAAAAACCAAUAAAUAUGCGAAAAAAA